AUGCCUUCCCUUCAGCUGUUGAAACUAACUCGGCAUGGCCAGAGUUUUUUGGCUUCGAGGAGGAAAGCUAUACUACUUGCAUCUGGUAUCUUAAUUGCUGGUGGAACAGCUGCAUAUAUGCAAUCAAGGUCUAGAGUUAAUAAACAUGAUUUGUUUGGCCAUUGCAAUGAUCACAACAGCAACAAAGAAGUAACAAAGGAUGAGGUUAUAAAUGACUCAACUACACCAAAAAAUAAACAAAAGAAAGGAGGCUUGAAGUCACUUCAAGUCCUCACUGCAAUUCUUCUAUCUGAGAUGGGUCAGUUAGGUGUGAAGAAUCUUUUAGCUCUAGUUGCCACAGUGGUGCUGCGAACUGCUUUGAGCAACAGGCUAGCUAAAGUGCAAGGCUUCCUAUUUCGUGCUGCUUUUCUUCGGCGUGCACCAUUGUUUUUUCGGUUAAUUUCAGAAAAUAUUAUUCUGUGCUUCCUCUUGUCAACAAUUCAUUCUACAUCAAAGUAUAUAACAGGGACUUUGAGUCUUCAUUUCAGAAAAUUACUGACAAAGCUUAUUCAUUCCCAUUAUUUUGAGAACAUGGUAUAUUACAAAAUAUCACAUGUCGAUCGUCGGAUAGCAAACCCAGAGCAAAGAAUUGCUAGUGAUGUGCCGAAAUUCUGUUCAGAGUUGAGUGAAAUUGUCCAAGAUGAUCUAACAGCAGUGGCUGAUGGACUUCUAUAUACUUGGCGGCUUUGUUCGUAUGCUAGCCCAAAAUAUGUCUUCUGGAUAUUGGCCUAUGUACUUGGAGCCGGGGCUGCAAUCAGAAACUUCUCUCCUUCGUUUGGGAAACUUAUGUCCACAGAACAGCAACUGGAGGGAGAGUACCGGCAGCUUCACUCACGAUUAAGGACUCACUCAGAAAGUAUAGCAUUUUAUGGUGGAGAGAAGAGAGAAGAAGCUCAUAUUCAACAAAAAUUUAAGACUUUGGUUAGGCACAUGAGUAGAGUGCUACAUGACCAUUGGUGGUUUGGCAUGAUUCAGGACUUUUUGUUGAAAUACCUUGGUGCAACUUUUGCUGUUAUUUUGAUUAUUGAACCUUUCUUUUCUGGUCAUCUAAGGCCCGACAGUUCAACUUUAGGGCGUGCAGAGAUGUUAAGCAAUCUAAGAUAUCACACCAGUGUCAUAGUUUCCUUAUUUCAGUCUCUAGGAACUCUUUCUAUCAGCGCAAGACGGCUCAAUCGUCUUAGUGGGUAUGCUGAUCGCAUUUAUGAGUUACUGGCUGUUUCAAGGGAGCUAAGCUUGGUAGAUGAGAAAUCAUCCCUGCAAAGAAAAGGAAGUAAAAAUUGCAUAAGCGAAGCUAACUACAUUGAGUUUUCUAAUGUCAAGGUCGUGACCCCUACUGGUAAUGUCUUGGUGGAUGAUUUGACUCUCAAGGUUGAACCAGGAUCUAAUCUUUUGAUUACAGGUCCAAAUGGAAGUGGAAAGAGCUCGCUUUUCCGGGUUUUAGGCGGUCUUUGGCCUUUGAUAUCUGGACAUAUUGUGAAACCUGGCAUUGGCUCUGAUCUUAAUAAAGAAAUUUUCUAUGUACCUCAAAGACCAUACACUGCUGUGGGAACACUUCGUGAUCAGUUGAUUUAUCCUCUUACUGCCAAUCAGGAGGUUGAACCACUCACAGAUUAUGGGAUGGUGGAGCUUUUGAAAAAUGUUGACCUUGAAUACCUGUUGGACCGUUACCCGUCUGAAAAAGAGGUAAAUUGGGGCGAUGAACUUUCGUUGGGUGAGCAACAGAGAUUGGGCAUGGCCAGACUUUUCUACCACAAACCUAAAUUUGCUAUUCUUGAUGAGUGCACAAGUGCUGUCACUACUGACAUGGAAGAGCGGUUUUGUGCUAAAGUUCGGGCCAUGGGAACAUCAUGCAUUACCAUAUCACAUCGUCCAGCGUUGGUUGCAUUUCAUGAUGUGGUUUUAUCCUUAGAUGGUGAAGGAGGAUGGAGUGUUCAUUAUAGAAGGGAGGACUCUUCUACCGAAAUGGGGAUUGAUACAAUGAAGACAUCAGAAACAAAUAGGAAGAAUGAUGCAAAAGCAGUUCAACGAGCAUUCGCCAUGAGUAAAACGGACUCUACAUUCUCAAGUUCAAAGGCAGAGUCGUAUAUUUCAGAUGUUAUAUGUUCAUCCCCAUCUACGAAUCAUACAAUUUUGCCAUAUACUGUUCCCCAACUUCAUGGUAAUACCAGGAUAUUUCCAUUGAGAGUCGCUGCAAUGUGCAAAGUAUUGGUACCCACUGUAUUUGAUAAGCAAGGUGCACAAUUGCUUGCUGUUGCUCUUCUUGUUGUUUCAAGAACAUGGGUCUCAGAUCGUAUUGCAUCUCUUAAUGGUACCACUGUGAAGUUUGUUUUGGAGCAGGAUAAAGUUGCCUUUAUUCGGUUAAUUGGUCUAAGUGUACUUCAAAGUGCUGCAUCUUCUUUCAUUGCGCCUUCUAUAAGGCAUUUGACAGCAAGGCUGGCCCUUGGGUGGCGAAUUCGUUUGACACAACAUCUACUACAGAACUAUUUGAGAAGCAAUGUGUUCUACAAGGUCUUCCACAUGGCAAGCAAAAGUGUUGACGCAGAUCAGAGGAUAACUCAAGAUUUGGAGAAGUUAACCACAGACUUGUCUGGACUGGUAACUGGACUUGUAAAGCCAUCCGUAGAUAUUUUGUGGUUCACAUGGAGAAUGAAGAUGUUAACUGGUCAAAGGGGAGUUGCCAUACUCUAUGUUUACAUGUUACUUGGCCUUGGAUUUUUAAGAACCGUUACUCCAGAUUUUGGUGAUUUGAUAAGCCAAGAGCAACAACUUGAAGGACUCUUUAGGUUCAUGCAUGAGAGACUCUGUACUCAUGCUGAAUCUGUUGCUUUCUUUGGAGGCGGUGCUAGAGAAAAAUCUAUGGUUGAAUCAAGAUUCAAGGACCUUCUGGCACACUCCCAGUACCUUCUGAAAAAGAAAUGGCUGUUUGGUAUACUAGAUGAUUUCAUUACCAAGCAACUACCUCAUAAUGUGACCUGGUUGCUGAGCUUGUUCUACGCUAUGGAACACAAAGGAGACCGUGCAUUGAUAAGUACUCAGGGCGAGCUGGCACAUGCAUUGAGGUUCUUAGCAUCAGUUGUUUCUCAAAGCUUUUUAGCUUUUGGAGACAUUCUUGAAUUGAAUAGGAAGCUUGUAGAACUUUCUGGGGGUAUUAAUAGGAUUUUUGAGCUUGAAGAGCUUCUGGAUGCAGCACAUUCUGGGGAAUCCAUUAAUGGCGGUGCUAUAUCUUCAGCGAGGGAUUAUCAUUCUAAAGAUGUUAUUUCCUUUUCUAAUGUUAAUAUUAUUACCCCUUCUGAGAAGAUGUUGGCCAGGGAGUUGACAUGUGAUGUUGAGCUUGGGGGAAGCCUGCUUGUUACUGGUCCAAAUGGAAGUGGGAAAAGUUCCAUUUUCAGAGUUCUUCGAGGACUUUGGCCAAUUGCAAGUGGAAGACUCUCUAGACCACUGGAAGGUAUGGAUCAAGAUGCUGGAUCAAGUUGUAGCAUCUUCUAUGUUCCUCAACGGCCGUACACAUGCUUGGGAACACUGAGGGACCAGAUUAUAUACCCUCUAUCCCGCGAUGAAGCAGAGUUUAGAGCAUUGAAGAUGUAUGGAAAAGGUGAAAAACAUCCUGAUACUGUAAAGUUGUUGGACAAGCACUUGGAAGUUAUCCUAGAGGAUGUUCGGUUGAAUUAUCUUUUAGAAAGGGACACAAAUGGCUGGGAUGCAAAUUUAAAUUGGGAAGAUACUCUCUCUCUUGGAGAACAACAGAGAUUAGGCAUGGCACGGUUGUUCUUCCAUAAGCCCAAGUUUGGCAUCUUGGACGAGUGUACCAAUGCAACAAGUGUUGACGUUGAAGAACACCUAUAUGGGCUAGCGAAGAAAAUGGAUAUCACAGUUAUUACUUCCUCACAACGUCCUGCUUUAAUACCAUUUCAUUCAAUGGAAUUGCGGCUGAUUGAUGGUGAGGGUAAUUGGCAACUUCGUUUGAUCAAGCAAUGA